UUCUUAAAGGACCGGCCGAGGCCUGCUCACGGCGCCGCCGCCUUCGUCGUAGUUGGCGUCGUCGUCGUCGCAAUCAAGCGUGCUUAUUGAGCGCUUACUAUGUGCAGAGCACUGUGCUAAGCGCUAAGUCUCGUCCUCGGAGGAGGAGCCGUCGGGAGAAGUGUGCGAUCGGCCAAGAUAAGAAGCCGACAACGUCCUUUAAACUGCCAGAACUUCUAGAAGUUUGUUUCCUCUCCUCGCUACUUCCCUUUCUGGAGCCUCGGGAGAAGGAGAAGGGGGGGAAAGGGUCUUGGUGUGAAUCCCACACAGUUGGAGACACAGGAAAGGGGCCGGUUCCCUGCCCAGAUGGCCGGGAAGAAGCAGGCCAAGAAGCAGCCCCAGCUGCUGCUGCUGCUGCUGCUCAUCUCCACGGCCUUCAUCCACCUGGUCGCCUGCCCCUUCGCCAAAGUGGAGGAGAGCUUUAACCUGCAGGCCAUCCACGACCUCCUCUACCACCGCCUGGACUUGGACAAGUAUGACCAUCACGAGUUCCCCGGCGUCGUCCCGAGGACCUUCCUGGGGCCGCUCUUCGUGGCCGCCUUUUCCAGCCCGGCCAUCUACGUGCUGAACCUGCUGGAGAUGCCUAAGUUUUACUCUCAGCUGCUGGUCAGGGCAAUCCUGGGACUCGGCGUCAUCUACACGCUGUGGGGCUUGCAGAAAGAAGUGAGGAAGCACUUCGGGACCACAGUCUCCACCCUCUUCUGCCUGAUCACCACCACUCAGUUUCACCUGAUGUUUUACUGCACUCGGACCCUUCCCAAUACUUUCGCGCUGCCCAUCGUGUUGUCGGCCCUGACGGCCUGGUUCCAGCAGAGGCACGGCCGCUUCAUCUGGCUGUCCGCCCUGGCCGUCAUCGUCUUCCGGGCGGAACUGGCCGUCUUCCUCGGCCUCACGCUCCUCCUCACGCUGCUAAGCAAGAAGCUGUCGGUCCUGAAGGCGCUGGCCCACGCUGUGCCCGCGGGCGCCGUGUGCCUGGGUCUCACCGUGGCGGUGGAUUCCGUCUUCUGGAAACACUUGUUGUGGCCGGAGGGGAAGGUGCUCUGGUACAACACGGUUCUGAACAAAAGCUCCGCCUGGGGAACGUCCCCGCUGCUGUGGUACGCGUACUCGGCGCUGCCGCGCGCCCUGGGCUGCAGCGUCCUGUUCCUGCCGUUCGGGGCCUCGGACCGGCGACUGCGGCGGCUGCUGCUGCCCUCGCUCGGGUUCAUCGCCCUCUACUCCCUGCUGCCCCACAAGGAGCUGCGCUUCAUCCUCUACACCUUCCCCAUCUUCAACGUCGUCGCCGCCAGAGGAUGCGCCCAGAUGCUGAAUAACUACCGGAAGUCGUGGCUAUACAAGGCGGGCUCCCUGGCGGUGGUGGCCCACCUCCUCCUCAACGCCACCUAUUCAGCCACGUCCCUCUACGUGUCGCACUUCAACUACCCCGGAGGAGUAGCCAUCCAGAAGUUUCACGAGCUGGUGCCUCCACGGACAGACGUGAGCCUCCACAUCGACGUGGCCGCAGCGCAGACGGGCGUGUCCCGCUUCUUGGAGAUGAACACGGAUUGGAAGUAUGACAAGAAGGAAGGGCUGGAGGCGGGGGCCGGGCCCAUGAUGUCCUACACCCACCUCCUCAUGGAGACGGACCCCGCCCGGCUGGCCCACUACCGGACCACCCACCGGGUGCUGGCCAGCAUCGUGGGCACCAGCGGCGUCCAGCUGAACCUCACCAAGAUCCCGCCCUGGGACCUGAACCUGAAGACCAAACUGGUCCUCCUCGAGAGGCUGUUCAGGUCAUCCUGAGCCGCCACCGCCGCCGCCACCGGGGACGGGGCCUCGCCCUCGGGACCCAGAGCCGGGCUGCCCACCCUUCCUGCCCCUACUCGGCUCCGAAACCCUCCGAUGCCGCCAUCUCCUCCCCCAGGCCGAUCCCUACUCGCGCGAGGCCGCGGAGCCCGGGAUCCCCGUCCUGCGACGCCGGGAAGGGAAUCCCGCCGGCCCUAGCCGAGGCCGGGAUGACGGAGAGGAAGAGGGGUCUCGACCCUGGCGAGACUUGUGGCUUUCCCCGCCCCCCGCCAAGUGGCACCGAAUAACUUGGUGGGGGACGGGGAGGCCGCCUGCCGUCGGCCCGGGAUCCGGGCAAGAACGGGCGCCACUGACUUCCCUGGGAGACGAGAAGGCUGCACCGGUUGUUUUCCACAGUUUCGGGGUGGCCAAAGGAAGGGCAGUUGCUUUGGGGGGUUGAGUGGAUUAAAGGAAAGGAGACGAGGUUGUUUUCUACUCAA